GUGCCUGACCAGCCAGCAGUUCUGUGAUGGACAACUGGACUGUAAAGAUGGCUCGGAUGAGAGAAACUGCUAUAAGAAGGGCAACAAAGCUGCAGAAGCUUUACCCCUAAAAUGCCGUCUGGGCUUUAAGACGUGCAGGGAUGGAAGACAGUGUGUUCUCCGCAGUCAUUUUUGUGAUGGAGAAAAAGACUGCGAGGAUGGGUCAGAUGAGGACAACUGUGAGCAGCAAUGUAAAAAAGGACAGUUUCAAUGUGCUCAUGGGAGAAUGUGUAUAGACAAGAAGCUGGUGUGUGAUGGGACUCCUCAGUGUCAGGACCGCUCUGAUGAAAUAGGCUGCUUUACACGCACCAAGAGCUGCAGCCAUCGCUGCGACAAUAAGACCCACUGCAUCCCGGAAAACUUCCUGUGUGAUGGCGAGAGAGACUGCGUAGAUGGCAGUGACGAAGCAGAUUGCUCUACUGAUAAUGAAGAUUCAGUCAACAGUAAGGCCUCAUCUGAAGCUCAGGCAAUAGUUUUAUCAGCUCACUAUCCGGACUGUAAAAGCCCCUCUGUGUUGUGUGAAAGCACAUCAAUGUGCAUGUCCCCUGUUCAACUCUGUGAUGGAAAGCUGGAUUGUCCUGAUGGUUCUGAUGAACUCUCCUGUAUACAUUCAUGUCAAAACAUGGGUGACUUCCUUUGUAAGGACAGGAGGAAGUGUAUUGAGCAAUAUCUGGUGUGUGAUGGACGCCCAGACUGCACUGAUGGUUCUGAUGAGGUGGAAUGUUCUGCUGCUGCAGUGCCAGAAAGUGGAGCUUCUUUAAGGUGUCGUUGGGGGUCGGUGCUUUGUAAGGAUGGAAGCGACUGCAUCCUGUACCAUCAUGUGUGUGACGGAGAGGUCGACUGUAAGGAUAAAUCUGAUGAAGACGGAUGUGACCUUCAGUGUAAUCCAGGUCAGUUUCAGUGUCGCCAUGGCAGAAAGUGCAUAGACGGAAAGCAGGUAUGUGAUGGGAUUCCUCAGUGUUCGGAUAACUCUGAUGAAUCGACGUGCUGGAAGCCUACGAGAAGCUGCGCCUUGCGCUGUGAUCAAAACAGUCGCUGUAUUCCAGAAGUAUUUCUUUGCAAUGGGAUUAGGGACUGCUGGGAUGGAUCAGACGAAACUGACUGUGGCAACCCUGGAUCACAAUCCCGUUGCACAAGCCCAUAUGUACCAUGCCUGGGAACCUCAAAGUGCAUCUCCCAGAGUCAGCUUUGUGAUGGCAAAAAGGACUGUGCUGAUGGUUCUGAUGAAAGACCAUGCCUUCAGAGCUGUCCCUAUGAUGAUGACUUCCUCUGUAAAGAUAAAAGAAGGUGCAUUGACAGGAAGUUGGUGUGCGAUGGACGUUUGCACUGUACUGAUGCUUCUGAUGAGGUGGACUGUCCCACCGUAGCUGUUUAUACUACCGAAGCAGCUCCCGUGAAGUGCCGUUUUGGUUUGACACCUUGUAAGGAUGGCAGUGACUGUAUCCUGCACAAUCAUGUGUGUGAUGGAGAGAUUGACUGCCGAGAUGGAUCUGAUGAAGUGGAAUGUGAUGUUAGUUGCGAAACCGGGCAUUUUCAAUGUGCUCAUGGAAGGAAGUGCAUCGAUGCUACCUUUGUGUGUGAUGGUAAGCCACAUUGUCAGGAUCGCUCAGAUGAAAUGGACUGCUUUACACGCACCAAGAGCUGUAGCCAUCGCUGUGACAAUAAGACCCACUGCAUCCCGGAAAACUUCCUGUGUGACGGGGAGCGAGACUGCGUAGAUGGAACUGAUGAAGCGGACUGUGGCUACCCUACACAGGUGAAAAUCUGUAACGCAACCUUGGUGUUGUGUCGAGGAGGAAAAGUGUGCAUCUCUAAAGCUAAACUGUGUGAUGGAAAUCAUGACUGUCCAGAUGGCUUUGAUGAAGAAUCUUGUGUCAAAAGAUGUGCAAAAGCAGGUGACUUUCUGUGUAAGGACAGAAGGAAGUGUGUUGAGAGUCGUUUGGUCUGUAAUGGGCGCUCCGACUGCACUGAUGGUUCUGAUGAGGAGGGAUGUCCUGCUGGUACUAUAAAGCCAAAUAUAGCCGGUCCACUAAAAUGCCGUUUAGGCUGGAAACAUUGCAAGGACAGAAGCGAGUGUGUGCUCUACAGUCACCUAUGUGAUGGAGAAGCCGAUUGUAAAGAUGGCUCUGAUGAACAAGACUGUCAAUACCAGUGUAGACGAGACCAAUUCCAAUGUGCUCAUGGAAGGUUGUGCAUAAAUAAGAAGCUGGUGUGUGAUGGGACUCCUCAGUGUCAGGACCGCUCUGAUGAAAUGGGCUGCUUUACACGCACCAAGAGCUGCAGUCAUCACUGUGACAAUAAGACCCACUGCAUCCCGGAAAACUUCCUGUGUGAUGGAGAGAGGGACUGUGUAGAUGGAUCUGAUGAAGCGGACUGUAUUAAAAGUCCUAAAAAAGAUUCGGGAACUCCGUCCCUGAAAUGUGCUGUGGGUUUUAAACCAUGCAUGGAUGGCAGUAAGUGUAUCCUGUACAGUCAUGUAUGUGACGGAGAAAAGGACUGCCAGGAUGGGUCGGAUGAGGAAGACUGUCGACGCAGAUCUGUCACUACUAUAGCUCCUACACUUCAAACUACUCUUAAACCAGCCUGUAAAAGUCCCUCUGUAAAGUGUGAAGGCACGUCGUUGUGCAUCAGUCAGUCUCAGUUCUGUGACGGGACGUUAGAUUGUCCUGAUGGAUUUGAUGAGCUCCACUGUUUACACGUCUGCUCAGAUCCAGCUCACUUCCUGUGUAAGAACAGAAGGAAGUGCAUUGAGCAAGUCCUGGUGUGUGAUGGUCGCUCUGACUGUCCUGAUGGUUCAGAUGAGUUCCAGUGUCCUACUUGUCCUCUGCACUGUGACGAGGGGACGGUGUGCCUGACCAGCCAGCAGUUCUGUGAUGGACGACUGGACUGUAAAGAUGGCUCAGAUGAGAAGAAUUGCCAUAAUAGUGGCAGAAAUGCUGCAAAAGGUUCCCUGAAAUGCUCUCUGGGCUUUCAACCAUGCAGGGACGGAAGUGACUGUAUCCUUUACAGCCAUGUGUGUGAUGGAGAGAAGGAUUGCAAGGAUGGGUCAGAUGAAAAGAACUGUGAACAGCAGUGUAAAAAAAGCCAGUUCCAAUGUGCUCAUGGGAGGAAGUGUAUAGACAAAAAGCAGGUGUGUGAUGGGACUCCUCAGUGUCAGGAUCGCUCUGAUGAACUGAACUGUUUUAAACUCUCUGAAUCCUGCAGCCAUUACUGUGAUAACAGAAGCCACUGCAUCCCUGAAACCUUCCUUUGUGAUGGAGAGAGGGACUGUUUAGAUGGCACUGAUGAGACCAGCUGUGCAAAAGAGCCAUGUUUACGUGGGCAGUUUCAGUGUGCCAGUGGACAGUGUGUGCCCACAAGCUUGCACUGUGAUGGUCAUGCAGAUUGCCACGAUCAUUCCGAUGAAAAGAAUUGCCGUAAACCUCCACACUGCCCCCUGGAGCGGCGCUGCCCCAAUAGCCAUGUGUGCCUGGAGAAAGAAUGGUUCUGUGAUGGAGACAAAGAUUGCACUGAUGGAUCAGAUGAACAGAACUGCAAGGCCACUCCUAUGCAAUGUGGGACACUCCAGUGGUCUUGUGAGUCUAAAAGUCAGUGCGUUCCCACGUUUUGGAGGUGUGAUGGUGUCAAGGAUUGUAAAGACGAAAGUGAUGAAGUUGGAUGUGACCAGCUGGAAUGUCCCACGCACAUGUUCAAGUGCAGCAACAGUGAGUGUUUGGGCUUCAGUCUGGUGUGUGAUGGUGUUGCCAACUGUCAGGAUGGUUCUGAUGAGGGUGUGGGAUGUCUCCUCAAUAACUGCUCCAGCCCACACCCACCACAAUGCGAGCAUUUCUGUCUCAACACUCCCCAUGGAGCGAGGUGUGGGUGCCAAACAGGUUUCAGUAUCCAAGCAGACGGUUUCUACUGUGCAGAUGUAGAUGAGUGUGUGGUGAUUCAGCCUCCUGUGUGUAGCCACAAAUGCAUAAAUACUCAUGGCUCCUACGUGUGCCAAUGUCCUCCGGGUUUUAUGUUGGAGCCAGAUGGCAGCAGCUGUAAGACACCAAAGGAGCCUAGUCUUUUGGCAUCAGUCCAGUUUGAGGUUGUGUUUAUGGGCCUGCGGAGCGGAAACAUGCAGGCACUUCUUCCCGCGGGACAGAAGCCCAUCUUUUCUUUGGACUACGAGUUAAAGGUUCCGCGGGUAUUUUGGGUCUGUCUGCUGGAGGAAAGUAUCAAAUAUGCAGUGCGUGGAGAAAAGGGCAAAAUCAAAACCCUUGUUAAAGGUGUGAAGUCGGACUCCAUUGCUAUAGACUGGGUUGCGGGAAACCUGUAUUGGGUGGAUGGAACAGCUGGCCAGAUUUUAGCUGUAAGAAUUGGUGAUCAUAUUGUAAAGCGACAAAACUUCACAGUGAUUCUGGAUGAAGACCUGGAACAGCCUCGCUCUUUAGUGCUUCUUCCUCAGAAAGGGAUAAUGCUGUGGUCAGAGAUUGGGAAAGAGUCUCAAAUUGAACGAGCUGGCAUGGAUGGUUCAGAGAGGAGGGUGCUGCUCAGCCGUGGUUUAAACUGGCCUGUAGCCAUAACUGUGGAUAUUAUGACGGACAGAAUCUACUGGGCAGACGAGAAGCUCAAGUGCAUCGGGUCGGCUACGAUGAAUGGCGAAGACGUCAGACUGUUGCCGUUGGCUGCAACGUCGAGCCCUUUCUCUGUGGCGGUGUUUAAUGACAUGGUGUACUGGUCUGACACCCAGGGACGGGCCAUCCAUGGGGCACACAAAAUCACUGGCAAGAACAAGAAAGUUAUUCUUAAAAGACCUGGCCAACCAUUUGGUUUCAAAAUUGUCCACCCCCUCAUUCAGUCCAAGGUCCUCAACCCCUGUGAGAAACUCCGAUGUUCUCACAUCUGUGUGCUAGCUCCAGGACUCCAGGCAUUAUGUCAUUGCCCAACAGGGUUGCUCUUAGCUGGGGAUGGAUUUACCUGCAUCUCACCUGAACGCUCCUCUACUUCUUUCUUAGUUCUGCUUUCUCCUACUAGACUUACUAAGAUUUUCACUAGAAGCCUGCAUGGUCAGGUUGGACUGAAGCAGUGGCCUGGACACUAUGCCCACUCUCUUCCUGGUAUAAACAAAGCUUCGGAUGUAGAUUUGGUACUUGGUGACAGCAUUCUGUACGUGGCAGAUGUCAGCCAGGCAUCUGUGGUGUCGUUUAAAAUGGACGACUCUACAUUGACACCCAAAGACAAGAUGUUGCAUUUACCAGGGGAUACGGUGACCGCACUGGCUGUAGACUGGGUUACACGCAACUUGUAUUGGAGCAGCCACAAGAAGCCUGGGAUCUAUGUCACAUCGGCUAGUGGGAAGUUCACCAGCGUGGUUCUGCAGGCUGGUAUCUGGGACACCACCUCCAUUGCACUACACCCACCCACUGGCAGGAUGUGCUUUACAGUUGUAGGGUCAUCAGGGAAUGAUGCUUUGCCCCAGGUGGACUGUGCUGCCAUGGAUGGCAGGAAUCAAAUAAUACUUUGGAAAAAAACGCAGCUUCCCAAUUUCCUGACUUUUUCAAACCACGGUACAACAGUGUAUUGGGCGGAUGUUGCCACUGAAGUGAUUUGCUCCGUGAACGUUGAUGGAUCAAAUUACAGGCAAUAUAAAACUGGAACCGGAUCUUUAAUUGUGUCUUUAACCCGAAGUGAAAACAUCCUCUUCUGGCUCACCCGGUACAAUGGCACAACCAGUGUGUGGUACAGUGAUGGCUUCCGGCCUAAACAAUUGUGGUUUGAAGUGCAAACAAAUGUUGUGGCACUGAAGGCAUACAGUGCAAACAGCCAGAAAGGAACCAACCUAUGUGCAAAAGAUAAUGGUGGGUGUAAUCACUUGUGCCUGGCAUACUCAGGGGGGCGUACAUGCCGCUGCACACAAGGCUACAUGGCAAUAAAUGACACCCAGUGUGCGCCUGGCCUCGAGUGUCCAGCAGGCUCCAAGCCUUGCAGAAAUCGAUACAAGUGCCUCCCCACCAGCAGGUUUUGCGACCAAAUCACAGAUUGUCAGGAUGGCUCGGAUGAGGAGGGAUGCCAUGCUAAUGAAAACGAGGUGUUGGUCCACACAAUGAGUGGGCAGUCCUGCAAUCCUGAGUUCUGUAAUGGCCGAGGGCACUGUAUGACUGAAGAAGGGAAACCAGUCUGCGAGUGUGUGCAGGGGUACAGUGGGCAGUUUUGUCAGUAUGAGGCAUCCAGCAGCGUUCCUGCCGUACUCAUAGUCCUCUUUAUCAUUAGCCUGGUCAUCGCGGCUGCAGCGUUUCUAAAAUGGAGAAAAUGGAAAGCAGAAAGGGUCCAGCCCACAGAUAAGGAAACUCUCAUGAAGGACAUGGAGGAACAAGAGGCAUCUGCUGAAAAUUUUUCUAAUGAGCUCUACAACCCAAUGCAGGAGGUGGACCAGGCAGCACCCAGUGAAUGAUCUAAUUAUAUUUUUAAAGUUCUUAAAAAUAAACUAUUGAGCAAACAA